AUGGAUUGGCAACCGCAAGAUGAGCCAUUGAGGCAGCUGGCCUGCUGCCUUAGAGACUCCCUCAAUGGCCAGGACCCCGCGCUCCGGAAACAAGCCGAAGAGAUGCUUGCUUCGGCGACUUCAUCUCCAGAUUAUGUCAAUUAUAUCACCUAUCUCUUCUCGACUCCUCAAGUUCCCACCGCCGUCGGCAUGGACGACAGUACCUAUAGCGUUGUGCGCUUUGCCGCCGCUAUGAACAUCAAAACGAAGCUUUAUAUGGCAUAUCAGACUAUCCCACCACAAAGCUUGAACUUCAUUCGAUCCGCCGCCUUGAUCGCCCUCCGAGACAACAACCCACAGGUUCAGCGAGGUGCCGGUACCAUCAUUACGGAGCUGUUGCAGCGCGGUGGACUACUAGCCUGGCCGGAGGUUCUGCAAGAGCUUCUUUCCCUGGUCGGCAACACAGCAGGAGAUGUGUCCAUUCCAGCCCAAGAGGCUGCCAUGGCUGCGCUUUUCAAGGUGUGCGAGGACAACCGCAAGAUUUUGGACCGCGACUACCAAGGCCAACGCCCGCUCAACGUGAUCAUCCCCAAGCUGCUGGAGUUCACCGGACGAGAGAGCGCACGGGUUCGCUCGCUCGCGCUAAGCAGCAUUCACAUUUUCCUUCCCCACCAGCCCCAAGCCCUGAUGGGCUCGUUGGACCUCUUCCUUUCGCAACUGUUCAACCUGGCCGGCGACCAAGAUACCGAGGUGCGAAAGAUGGUGUGCCAGUCAUUUUCGCAGCUCGUGGAGUUCGCCCCCGAGAAGCUCAUCCCGCACAUGGAUGGUUUGGUCAACUACAUCCUCAUUCAGCAGCAGAACGGAGAGGACCCCGAGCUUGCUCUUGACGCGGCGGAGUUCUGGAUCGUUUCUGGUGAGCAAGAGCGCCUGCAAGAGCCUCUAGCUCCAUUUAUGCCCAAGAUCAUCCCCGUUCUCCUUCGGAAUAUGGUAUAUGAAGAGGACGACGUGAUCCGUUUGAUGGGCGACGAGGACGAUGCCGACACUGAGGACCGUGCAGAGGACUUGAAGCCGCAGUUUGCCAAAUCUAAGGCUGGUCGUCUUGAUAUGUCAAAAACGCAGCCAGACGGCACGAAUGGUGCACAGCAGCAAUUGGCCCAGGGUGACGACGAAGAUGAUCUUAGCGAGGGUGAGAUCGAAGACUCAGAGUUUGGAGACGAUCCCGAGGAUGAGUGGUCGUUGCGGAAGUGCUCUGCCGCUGCAUUGGAUGUCUUUUCGAAUGUUUACCAUGACCCAAUUUUUGAGAUCAUUCUGCCAUACCUGAAGGAGACUCUGCGACAUGAGCAGUGGCCCACCCGUGAGGCAGCUGUUCUCACCUUGGGAGCUGUCGCCGAUGGCUGCAUGGAUGCUGUCAUGCCCCAUCUUCCGGAACUCGUUCCCUACCUUAUUUCUUUGCUGAACGAUGCACAGCCCGUUGUGCGGCAAAUCACUUGUUGGUGUCUGGGCCGAUACUCGGAGUGGGCUUCACACCUCCACGGGGCAACAGAAAAGCACCAAUUCUUCGAACCCAUGAUGGAGGGAAUUCUCCACCGAAUGCUCGACAAUAACAAGAAGGUGCAAGAAGCAGCUGCCUCUGCGUUUGCCAGCUUGGAAGAGAAGUCGGAUGAAAACCUGGUUCCAUACUGUGAGCCUAUUCUCCGCCAGUUUGUCCAAUGCUUCGGUAAAUACAAAGACCGCAACAUGUACAUACUCUAUGACUGUGUGCAAACUCUGGCCGAGUGCGUCGGAAAUGAGCUGGCCAAGCCCCACCUGGUUGAGAUUUUGAUGCCUGCUCUGAUCGAGCGGUACAACAAUGUUGACGACCAGUCCCGAGAGCUCUUCCCGCUUCUUGAAUGUUUAGGAUACAUUGCAGCUUCCUACGAGGAUGUCUUUUCGCAAUUUGCUCCCCCUAUCUUCAGCCGCUGUGUCAAGGUUAUCUACCAGAACCUCCAAGAGUCUAUCGCCUCGGCGAACAAUCAAACUGUUGAUGAGACCGAUAAAGAUUUCUUGGUUACCAGCCUCGAUCUUCUCAGCUGCAUCAUCCAGGCCAUUGACCCCCAAAAGAGUGGAAAGAUGGUAUCUGAAUCCCAGCCGCGUUUCUUCGACUUGCUGUGCUACUGUAUGCAGGACUCCAAUUACGAAGUUCGCCAGUCGUCCUACGCCCUCCUCGGCGACUGCGCCAUUAGCAUCUUCCCUCAUCUGGAGCCAUUCAUCCCCGCGAUGAUGCCAACCCUCAUCAAGCAGCUCGACCUGGAUCUCCUUCCCGAUGAUGAUCGUGUCACCGGCUUCAGCGUUCUCAACAAUGCCUGCUGGUCGUGUGGUGAGAUCGCCGUGAACCAGAAGAAGAGUGACCUUGCUCCUCAUGCCGAGAAGCUGUAUUUUGGCCUCUUGAACAUCAUCAAUAACGAAGAGAUUAUCGAUUCGGUAAACGAGAAUGCUGCUAUGGCGCUGGGUCGUCUUGGUAUUUGCUGUCCCGAUCCAUUGGCACCUCGUCUGAGUGAAUAUGCUGGACCCUUCUUGAACUCUAUGGGCAAGAUUGAUUUCAGCCGCGAAAAGGCUUCGGCAUUCCUUGGAUUUAACCAAGUGGUGAUGAAGAACCCCCAGGCUAUGGAGUCAUGUCUUGGCGUUUACUUCGCGGCCAUUGCCGCCUGCGCAAGCAAGUCUCUUUCAUCACAGGAGGACUACCGGGACAUUCAUAACUCAUUCCAGCAGGUUUUGCAAGGAUACAAAAACAUGAUACCCAACUUUGAUUCGUUCCUCUCUCAGCUUCCUGCUCCCGUGUCCCAGAAGCUGCGCAUGCACUACCAACUUUAA